AUGUACUCGACAUCGUCGCUCCUAGUGAGUGUUGCUUCGGCAGCAGUUGUAGGCUCUAUCCUUGGUCUUGUAUUGGGCAUACACUGUAUAUCUACGUGCCCAAAAGGAAGCUCUCGAUACGGCAUGCUGACGUGUUUACUAUGUCGCAAGAAAAAGAAGGACUUCCCGAAACGUUUGAUCCUGAUGCGUCACGGUGAGUCCGAGGGGAAUAUUGACCCAGAAUUGUAUGGUUGUGUACCAGACAAUGCUAUGCACUUGACGGAACUUGGCUACGAACAAGCGAUAGCGGCCGGAGAGAGUAUAAAGAAACUUGUAGGGAAUGAAACAAUGAGAUUUAUUGUGUCGCCAUAUGUACGUACGAUUGAAACAUUUUGUGGGAUUCGCAAAGCCUGGGGCUUUCAAGGUGACGCUAUUCCAUGGACUGAAGAACCUCGUAUCCGAGAACAGGAUUUUGGGAAUUUUCAAGAACCACGAACGAUUCGGGAGUGUAAAGCACAACGUCGACGAUUUGGUUCCUUUUUCUAUCGAUUUCCAAGUGGAGAGUCGCCUGCUGACGUGUACGACCGUGUAUCAUCGUUCCUAGAGUCGUUGUACCGCAUGUUUGUGAAAUCCUCGGAAGAGAAUUACGUCCUUGUGACACAUGGUGUAGCCAUUCGUGUCAUUCUCAUGCGUUAUUUCAAAUAUCGCAUUAGCGACUUUGAGCUGCUUGAAAAUUUUCGAAAUGGAGAAUAUGUGGUGCUUGAGUUGAACGAAUGUCAAGGCAAGUUUAUGCUCAAGACCAUUGUAUCCAACAAGGUCCACAUUCACAAGGACGGGAGUGUAUCUGUUGAUACGAGCGAAACUACACAGCUGCGACUUCACUUGAACAAUACCAUGUCAUCCAUGUCGAGACCCUAUUCAACAUUUCCAAUCAAUCAUUUUCGACAUCCACCGCCACUUUCACCACCAAUUCGAAGCAAUGCGUCAUCUCCUCAACAUGAAAAUAUGAACCUAUUCACUUGA